AUGUCAACGAAAGAUACAUUUCGAGAAAUAACAACGACGGGUAUAGAUGAUGAUUUGUCUGCAACUCAUAUGUUUCUGGAGACACAGCUUACGACUGGUGGGGGAAUCAAGAUAUGGACUCCGAAAAUAGAGUCCGGUACUACGAUCACGGCAGGUAAUAAAAGAGGUGCGAUGUAUGCUAGCGAUCAUCCUGUGUCGACGCAUGGAGCGACAGAUCUGGGAGAUGCAAUGUACCCGGAAGGGACGCGGACGACUGUGGAUAAGAAAAGAGAUACGAGUAGUGCAGUGCGUUUCAAAAAGACUACCAAGGCUACCUGUAAGGCAAGAGAUGGUAGUAUGGUUCGCAUGCGUACCAUAGACACUCGUGUUUCCAGAAAUGUUGAGGAGAGGAAAUGUGAGGAGGGCGAGAUGGGCGGGGCUACGGAUCGGGGAAAGGAGGGGGAUGCGCGAAAGAGGUGA